AUGAGCGCCAUGCGGCUGCUGCUGCUUGCCGUGCUGGUGUCCUUCUCGUUCGCCCGCGCCGGCUGCGAGCCCAAGAUCGUCAACAUCGGCGCGGUGCUGAGCACCAAGAAACAUGAACAGGUCUUCCGCGAGGCCAUCAACCAGGCCAACAAGCGCCACGGCACCUGGAAGAUCCAGCUCAACGCCACUUCCGUCACGCACAAACCCAACGCCAUCCAGAUGGCCCUGUCCGUCUGCGAGGACCUCAUCUCCAGCCAGGUCUAUGCCAUUUUAGUGAGUCACCCACCAGCUCCAAACGACCACCUAACACCAACGCCUGUGUCAUACACAGCUGGAUUCUACAGGAUCCCUGUCAUUGGGCUGACAACGCGCAUGUCCAUAUAUUCAGAUAAGAGUAUCCACUUGUCUUUCCUGCGCACUGUUCCCCCUUACUCCCACCAGUCCAAUGUCUGGUUUGAGAUGAUGCGCUUUUACAAGUGGAACCACAUCAUCCUCAUCGUCAGUGAUGACCACGAGGGGCGGGCUGCUCAAAAGAAACUGGAGACCCUCUUGGAAGAGAAAGAAUCCAAGAGUAAAAAAAGGAACUAUGACAGCCUCGAACAACUAUCCUAUGACAACAAGCGAGGACCCAAGGCUGAGAAGGUGCUUCAGUUUGAACCUGGAACAAAAAACGUGACUUCACUGCUCCUGGAAGCCAAGGAACUGGAAGCCCGGGUGAUUAUCCUCUCAGCAAGUGAGGAUGAUGCUACAACCGUAUACACGGCAGCAGCUAAAGAAAACAUGACCGGUCCAGGCUACGUGUGGCUGGUGGGAGAAAGGGAGAUCUCUGGCAAUGCUCUGCGAAAUGCCCCGGAAGGGCUGAUUGGUUUGCAGCUCAUGAACGGGAAGAAUGAGUCGGCCCACAUCAGAGACGCGGUGGCUGUGGUGGCCCAGGCUGUGCACGACUUGUUUGAGAAAGAGAAUAUCACCGACCCGCCGAGGGGCUGUGUGGGGAACACCAACAUCUGGAAGACGGGGCCCCUGUUCAAGAGGGUGCUGAUGCAGACCAAGUACGCAGAGGGAGUUACUGGCAGGGUGGAGUUCAAUGAAGAUGGAGACCGGAAAUACGCCAACUACAGCGUCAUGAAUCUGCAGAACAGCAAAUUGGUGCAAGUCGGAGUCUACAACGGUAGUCGUUUCCUGCCCAAUGACCGCAAGAUCAUCUGGCCCGGAGGAGAAACGGAGACACCGCAGGGCUAUGAAAUGUCUACAAAACUAAAGAUUGUCACAAUUCACCAAGAGCCAUUUGUCUAUGUGAAGCCAACCCUGGCAGAUGGGAAGUGCAAACCGCUCCUCAACAGCACAGGCGGGUUGGUGCAGCAGGUCCUCUGCACCGGGCCAAAUGAGACCAUGCCAGGCCGCCCCAGCGUGAUGUUGUGUUGCUAUGGCUUCUGCAUCGACUUACUGAUCAAGCUUGCCAAGACCAUGAAUUUCACCUAUGAAGUUCAUCUCGUGGGCGAUGGUAAAUUUGGCACCCAAGAGCGGGUGAACAACAGCAACAAGAAGGAGUGGAAUGGGAUGAUGGGGGAGCUGCUGAGUGGCCAGGCCGACAUGAUCGUGGCACCACUGACCAUCAACAAUGAGAGGGCGCAGUACAUUGAGUUCUCCAAGCCUUUUAAGUACCAAGGACUCACCAUCCUUGUGAAAAAGGAAAUCCCUCGCAGCACACUGGACUCAUUCAUGCAGCCAUUCCAGAGUACUCUGUGGCUCUUGGUGGGGCUUUCGGUGCACGUGGUGGCCGUGAUGUUGUAUCUCCUGGACCGCUUCAGUCCGUUUGGCCGGUUUAAAGUGAACAGUGAGGAAGAGGAAGAGGACGCCCUGACACUCUCUUCUGCCAUGUGGUUUUCCUGGGGAGUCCUGCUGAAUUCUGGCAUUGGGGAAGGUGCUCCCCGGAGUUUCUCUGCUCGAAUCCUUGGAAUGGUGUGGGCCGGAUUUGCCAUGAUCAUCGUAGCCUCAUACACUGCCAACCUGGCUGCCUUCCUGGUGUUGGACAGACCUGAGGAACGAAUCACUGGAAUCAACGAUCCCAGGUUGCGAAACCCUUCUGAUAAGUUCAUCUACGCCACAGUGAAGCAAAGUUCUGUGGAUAUUUACUUCCGGCGGCAGGUGGAGCUGAGCACCAUGUACCGGCACAUGGAGAAACACAAUUAUGAGAGUGCUGCUGAAGCCAUCCAGGCCGUCCGAGACAACAAGCUCCACGCGUUCAUCUGGGACUCAGCUGUACUGGAGUUUGAAGCUUCGCAGAAGUGUGAUCUGGUGACCACGGGGGAGCUUUUCUUCCGCUCUGGCUUCGGCAUUGGGAUGCGCAAGGACAGCCCCUGGAAGCAGAACGUCUCUCUGGCCAUCCUCAACCUCCACGAGAACGGCUUCAUGGAAGAGCUCGACAAGACUUGGGUGAGGUAUCAGGAGUGCGAUUCCCGUAGCAAUGCCCCAGCAACGCUCACCUUUGAAAACAUGGCAGGUGUAUUCAUGCUGGUGGCUGGAGGUAUUGUGGCCGGGAUAUUUUUAAUAUUCAUAGAGAUAGCAUACAAAAGGCAUAAAGACGCACGGAGGAAGCAGAUGCAACUGGCGUUUGCGGCUGUUAAUGUGUGGCGGAAAAACCUGCAGUCCUCUCUCUCUCUUGUGGCCGUAGGAUUCACCUUCAGAAAAGGCCCCGAGCAUUUUUAUUUAGUGGAUAGAAAAAGUGGUAGAGCAGAACCAGACCCUAAAAAGAAAGCCACUUUUAGGUCCAUCACCUCUACCCUGGCCUCCAGCUUCAAGAGACGUAGGUCAUCCAAAGAUACGCAGUAUCAUCCCACAGACAUCACUGGGCAGCUCAACCUCUCAGACCCCUCGGUCAGCACCGUGGUGUGACAUCCGGGUGCCGUCACUGGCUGCAGGCUCAAAAAGGACAGUCCAAUGGAGACUCUGAUGGGCCCUUCCUGGAGAUACCGAAGGGAAGCUCUUGCCAGCCAUCUGCAGCGCCUGCAUGGCUUUCUUUCCUCCUGGCCAUUAGAGAUCCCCUUCUUCCCCUAGGCCAAGUGACAUUGCGAGGGGCCUUGUAGUGAACUACAGAACAGGAGGCCUCAGAGCCACCAAACUCUUUCUGCAGCACUGGUAGCCUCCAAGGAUUUCUCUUUGAGGCAUCAGCAGGCACAGAGGAGGUGGUUCCAAGCAGCGCAUCGACCAUGCCGAGGGUGGAGCGCACAUUCCUAGAAGCGGACUGGGUUCCUUUGCAGCAGGGAGAGUCUCUUUAUCAUGCACGGAACCUCCUACGUCUAACGCUGUAUUUCACCUUUUUCCCCACGCCAUGUUAGAGGACAAUGAAGGGCCAUCCACACCCCCAGUGCUGAGAGGCCAUUGUACAUAACAAAGGGCUUGUCUGUCCCAGCAAGCCCAUCAACCCCCAGAGAGAGAACUUUGGCGAUGCCAUGCCUGUCCUACUCUCCAACUGCAGCUGAGGUGAUGCUGCCCAUGUACAUAUUGUGUCACCCUAGUCCCUGCCCUGGGAGGGAGUUGGGUGUCUGGCCCCUUUCCUUUUGCCCAGUUCUUGGUUCAUGAGGGAAAGGGGACUUGGGCUAUGUCCCUCCCCAUUUCCUUGAUUUGGUAAGAAAAAAAAGUAUAUUCAGUAGAGUAGAAAAUGUCAUGAAAAUGAAGGUAGAUUGAGACGGUAGAAGAUUGAAGCGAGAGUCCAGCUGUCUGGGAGGGCAAGAUUGCAAAAUGGCAGUCCCAUGUGGGGAAACAUCUUCCCACCCUGGGAAGUUUUGUAUUUCCAUAAAUAUGGCUGCCUCUUUGUUAUUGAUUGGCUUGGCCCCUUCCUGUCCAUCUCCAGGGCUGGGCUUAGGAUGGGUUAUAGGAACUGCCCCUCCCUGCUAUUCUGACAACAGCCCUAGAAAGUAGGGGGAUUAUUUCUGAAAGUUAUAAAUGAGCUGCAAAGUCUGACAAUGCCCAAGGUUACCCAGUGAGCUUUUAUGGCAAAGCAGGGCUUUGAACCUCACAUCUAACAUCCAAACCAGACCUUUCAUCCACUGUGCUAUACCAGCUUGCAUUCUCUCCACCACAUGAUACUGCUGGCCCAGGCAGAAAGUCUGGAAGACAAAAAGUUCUUUAGCUGUUGAUUCAAUCCCCAAAUAGCAGUGAGGGACAUCAGAUGUUGCUUUGUGCCAGCUCAAGUGACGUUGUCCAACAAGCCCCAUGUUGUCUCCUGACUGGCAGCUACUUGCCAGGCUGUCAGUCAGAGAGGGGUCUUUCCAAGCAUCUGUGACCUAAUACUUUCUUCUUUUCACAUGGGAGAUGUCAGGAUUGAACCCUGGGCCUUCUGCAUGGAAAGCAGGUGCUCUCCCACUGGGCAAGGGGUCCUCACUGCUGCAGCACACCUCUGGAUGAUUUUUAGAAGCAUUAGAGCCACUUGUGUGGCUAGGUGUGCUGGUCUGGAGCAGGAUUGGCAGAGCAUCCUGAGCACGUGAUUCCUCUUUACACAGACCAUGCUUAGUUGUAGGCUCUGCAGCAAAAGACAGGUGCCUUCUUAUGCCCUCUCCUUGACACCAGCUUUCUCCUUCCUGUCUUCCGAAGAUAUAAUGUCUUAGGAGAUCUUUAGUUCAUCUAGCCCUGUGUUGUGGUUCAGAUUGGCAGAUGCGCUAAGUCCUGCUCUCUGAAAUCACGUGGAAUGGAGAAGUCAGAGAAUCAACAUGAGGCCUCUUAGACAUGUGAAGCAUGGUCCCUGCCAUGAACUGUGGCUCUUCUUUGUAAUGGUGGUUGACUGUCCACACUUAGGCCUGAUUGCUACUACAAAUCCUGAAUAAUGCAAUGUGUCACCAAGCAGUCCAACAACUAGCUAGCUAGUGAGCAGUGCCCUCUUUGGGUGAUUGUGCCACAGAGAAGUAUGGCUCCCAAAAGAACAGUGAUAGAAUUAACCCCUCUUCAGGAAUAGGUUGGGAGUAAGGCAGACAGAUGAAACGAAGAUUACUUGGCAGUGUGAUAUUUGCCACUGCCAGAGGAUCUCAACUUUUGAGAAACCUCUCAGAGGGCCCAUCAUUUCUCUAGCUACUGUGGUUGUGAGGAUGAGCCAUUAUGAGUAUGGAUUUCUUACCCAUUUCAUAACACGCUUUAAUUUCCCCGUCUUACCGUAAGGUUCAGAAGAGGGUGAUCCUCAGCCUCACCACCUGCUGCAAAAUGGGGUUGAUAAUACUGACCCACCUUCCAGGAUUGUUGUGAGGAUGAUUGAGGUAGCAUUUAUGUAGCAACCAUCAAGUGUUACGAGUUAUCAAUUGGGGAUCCUAAUCCAUUCUGAUGCUUGUGAGAACAGAACCAGGGCAGCAGUUAAUCCAAAUCAAGGUACAAAGAGUUUUCUGUGUACAGGACUCCAAGUAGAACUAUUAUUGUUGU